AUGGAUUUGAAAAAGUUUCGUGAGUACUUGAUCGAUGACAAAUACUUGAAUGAGUCGUUGAUAAACGAGAAGGAAUUCAAUAUUACCGUGCUACCGCCAAAUGUAUUAGUGACCAAGUUGUCAACAGGAAAAUUGACUGCAGUUGAAACAGUGGUUGCCUUUAUUAAAAAAUACCUUAUAGUGAACAAUUGUAUAGACUUACCGCCCCCACUAGAAAGUGAGUUCAAUACCGCUUUAGCUAUGGCUGGGUUCUUGGACUGCUAUUUUAAAAGCACGGGAAAAGCUUUGGGUCCACUACAUGGACUACCGAUAAGUGACGAUCAAUUAGAGAUAGCACAACUGAGAUGUAAUACAUCAAAUUAUGACACAGAUGUGUUAGGUAACAUUCCAUUGAGCAUUGUGUUCCAUGCAACUCUAAAGCCAAAUGAUCAUUCGGAAACGAGAACCUAUCAACCGAAGACUCCCAAUAUUUUAUUCAGGAGUUUGGCGAUAAACUCAGGUGUUUGA